UUUAUAAAUUUUUGGAUGAGUACAUAAGUUGUCUUAACUAGCAUUAUCUCACCCUUCAAGGAGUGAUAUAAUAAUUCUCAAGCGAUAGAAUCCUUAAAAUCGGAAAAGAAUAAUUUCGUAUGCUAAAUUUGUUGCUUUCAGAACUUUUUGCUUUGUUUAUCCUGAUAAUGAAGUUUAUUCUUAUUCAUUAGGAAUAAAACGGCUAUUUUCAUACAUAAUCUAAAAAUUUGCUCCUCAUUAAGAGGUUAAGCAACCUUCUGAUCCUCUUUAGGAAGCUCUUCAUCUUAUCACUCCAAAAAUUAUUAAACUUCCACUAUAGAGUCACUAGCAAGGGCAAGGUAGCCUUUAAAGCAUCAGGAAUUACAAGAAAACUCCCACAUAUUCACACAUUUGGAAAGAAAUCCUACACAAAGCGAGAGGGUCAACUUAACGAUCUUCAGACCCAACUUAGGGAAAAGAAGCAAUCAAAACUUACCAAUCUUCAAGAAAUCUCUAGUGUGAAUUCAGACCUGAACAUCAGCAGCAGGCAGAUGAGUGGUAUUACCAAUUACCUGCCCUCCACAGGGUUAAAGAAAGGAAAGAAAUUAUUUGACAUUGGAUCUCCUACAAAAAGACUAAGCAAGCAAACUCCAGCAGACUCUCCUAAUAAUAAAUAGUAUUAUUGAGGAAAGAAGGCAUAUCGAUGUGACUGUUAGGUCAAAGUCAUCGGCAAAGAAGCAUGAGUACAAGCGGAAGGUAGAAGAAGCAUUUCGCCCAGAUAUACAUUACAACAAGAUAACAAAGGAUAUAUUUCAGUACAAUUUUAAAAAGAUUGGUUUUGAUCUUGAGAAAGUAUCAGGAGAAGGCAUCAACCAUUAUCAUAUUAGGAAAAUGUUUAACAGACUUGGAUAUCAAAUUACAGGAUUCCUGUCGAUUGAUGCUUUACUCGCUUGUAAGAAGGUUCAAGACCUUGGCUUUGAACAAUCAAAACCAUUCGAAAGAUAUAUUAGAGCAAGGGAGAAAAUGAACCGCUCAGUAGACAACACCAACAUUUUUAGUGAUAAUGAAUUGCUAGAAUCAGCUAUUAGUUCACCAAUUAACAUUGAUUCCUUACUAAUUUGGACAAUUAAUAAUGAAUCUUCUCUAACCGAAUUCAAAAAGGAGAACUAUUCUGGAAUCAGACUUUACCACCAAUCAGCAUGAAGCAAAGACAAGCUCAAAUAAAUACUUGAAGAAGAGAGGUAAAGCAACUGACGACAACAUCAAAAUCAUUGAUUCUCUGUUUGACCACAAUCUGUAUGAAGGUAUUGAGGAAAACCAUCAUUUUCAAACCCAUAAGGACAAUUCUCUCACAACUCGAACAGUGCCUCAGAAGUUGCAGAACAUCAGGAAGUUCACCAAGCUACUUAGGUAUGCUGAUGAGCCUUAUAAAUUCACUAAGCAUAUUAAAUCUAAAUAAAGCUAUAAUGAGACUUGUCAAAGACAUGCAGGUCUCAAAUAGAGGAAAAUCUAUACUUAGAAAGAAGAUACAGGAGUACAAGUCUGCAUCACCAUCUCCAGAAGAGCAGGAGACGAUCGAUUCUGCUGUCUUCAGGGCGAACCAGAGAGUCCUGAGUAGGACUUUGAAGGAAAGAUUUGAGGAAAAGAAGCAUCUUGAUAUUUAUAUCAGAAAUUCCUUUGACCCUGUCCAUGCAACUUGGGUGAAGAAAAUUCUUGAUCCUCGAAAACUCACUCAAACAAAGAAAGUCUUGAAGAUAUCUCCAAACUCUAGAAUGAAGUUUAAAGAUCGGAUGAGGGUUCAACAGCUUUGAGAGUCUCGAAACCGACAGACUCUGUAAAGGCUUGCUCUAUAAACUUCAAUUGUUU